GUCUCAUCCAGUCUCCGGACGAGUCGCUUCUUCAUCCCCGUCGUCUUCGUGUUCGUCUUCUUCCUCCAGAAGACGAAGAAGAACAAAAGGCGUCGCCUUUCCAUUUCAAAUCCAUAAACCUUGCCUUCGAUUUGGGGGCUGAUGCAUCCAGGCACGACAGAGAAGCAAGUGCUUGGCAAGGCCGCGGCGUCGCUCAAUGGCAUCGCUGCCCAGAUCCCGGUCCCGGAGCUGCAUAACGGCCGUGGAUCGGAAGAGACGUUCGUUCUCGAUGUAUCUUCUGGUCACGAAGACUUCCUUGACGAGAUCCUAUCCAGUCUGGCCGCCCCCUGGGACGCCUCGGCUUCCGAUCAGCAGUGGAUCGUCGGGCUUGGGGAUGAUCCUGAGGAGGGGUUGCCAUAUGCUCCCUUCGACGAGUCGACGCUGUUCGCGAAUCGGCUCUUGCAGUACCAGAUUAGUGGUGGGAGCUCGUCGGCGGAGAAGGCUAUGAUGCUGCCGCUCGGCCAUGAUUCCCAGCAGCAGCUGCUUGUCGCAGGCUACGGAAACUCUGGGUUCCCAUCCCCUCCGUUGACGCUCGGCAGGGCCGGUUCCAUCGAUUCGACCAAUUCUAGUAAGGUGGUUGACGCGCUUUACUGUGGUUUCGGUGGAUCGAUUCAGCACACUGAUUCAGCGAAUCAACACAGUUUGCCCCAUCUCAAGGGAGCGUCGACGCCGGGCCAGAACUUUGGAGCAGUCAUCCCCGUCGCCUCGCCGUCCGCCGGCAGUGGCACGGCGCCACCGAGGCAGAAAGUGAGAGCGCGGAGGGGCCAAGCCACCGAUCCCCACAGCAUCGCCGAGAGGUUGAGAAGGGAGAGGAUAGCGGAGAGGAUGAAAGAUCUGCAGGAGUUGGUGCCCAACGCCAACAAGACGGACAAGGCUUCGAUGCUUGAUGAGAUCAUCGACUACGUUAAGUUCCUCCAACUGCAAGUCAAGGUUCUGAGCAUGAGCAGAUUAGGCGGCGCGGCCGCCACUGUGCCGCUUGUCGGCGGCAGCGACAUUUCCCAUGAGCAGGAGCAGACCGGCGAUGGGUUGACAGUGACGGAGCAGCAAGUGGCGAAGCUGAUGGAGGAAGACAUGGGCUCGGCGAUGCAGUACUUGCAAGGGAAGGGCCUGUGCCUCAUGCCCAUCUCCCUCGCCUCCGCCAUUUCCACUGCCACAGGCGUCUCUUCCUUCCCCCGUCUCCUCUCCUCUUCCAGCUCCGCCGCCCACCGGCAUCUCCCCUCCCUCUCCAAUCCUGGAGCCGGCGACGCCCCUUCCUCCCCGGCCGCCGCCAAAGCCUAAUCUCCAACCCUUCCACGAAACAGAGGAGGAGGACGAGGAAGAAGAAGAAAAUCUGAAUUUUUCGGAAAAGUAGAUGAUAUGCACUUGACUUUGCGAUCGAUCUCUUUCCGUUGAUUGUUGACUUUGAAGGAAUGAGUCAAAGUUCCUUCAUCGAUUAUAAUUUAGCUACCUUUAAUGUGCGGCUGAUUGUGUGGUCAAUUUGGUGCGCAAGGGAUUCAGCGGCUACAGUUGUGGUGGCGGAUGAUGUUGCUUCUUCCACUCCCGCAACAGGAAUUAAACCCUUUCGGUGAAAGAUAUUGGCCAGAUUCUCAUCAAUAAGAUUUACUGAAGAUAUUGAUCAA